AUGGGCAUGCCGGGCCUGCUCGGGCCAGACUUUUUCAAAUAUAGGGUGAUGCUCGUCGCCGGUGCAUCAGAGAGGGACGCCGCCGCGUCGUGGUUGGAGUCGGCGACCGACAAAGUGGCUAAGAGCAAGAACGCGAGCUACUACUACUUGCUUCAUUACCUGCUGCCGUGCCUAGCGGAGCUCAACAAAGAGCAGCAAGCUGAGAAGGAGGUGGAGGCCAACAUAAAAGGGGUUUCAUUGUCCAAGCUGAGCGUACAACCGGCAGCCUAUAACAAAGAGGAGAGGGUGACCUGGUUAGAAACCGACAGCGAAUAA